CAUUUUACCCGUAGUGUACAUACUUCCGGUUUGGACGUCCUUGGGUCAAAAUUUGUAUGGAUUUAUGAAAGUUUUGUGGAAUUUGAUUUCUAUUUUUACAAAAGAUACCGACUUUAGAUGUGACUGAAGGACUAGGCAAGAAACAAUGUCAACUGAGAGUGUGAAGGGCAGUAAUGAUGAUGCCCUGACCUCGAACUCGGAUCCAGUAGAAGGUGACAAUGCUAAUCCAAAACCAGAAAGCCCUGCCGCUGAUUCUGACAGUGAAACAAAGAUCAGAGCUGAUUCAGAAGAACAUGAAAAGAAAAGCACUCCACGAUCAUCGGCUUCGGGAGAUGGUAGAAAAUCGAGUUCACCGGAAAGAUCUGGAUCAUCAACCAUAACAAAAACUGCAACUAGCCGGCCAGAGAGUUCAGAAAGUCGUGAAAAGGGUACCGAUGAGACGGAGGAGAAAGUUAAACCAAAGAAGAAAACAAAAAAGGCUGCGGCCGACACUGAUGGUCAUGAAGUAUCGUUUACUGUCACAAUAUCAGUUGCUGUACCAACAGUGGACGAGGAUCUGUCUAUUAUUGAUGAUGAAGAUCAGCCUGAUAUCCACGAUCUUAUAAAGAAGAAGAAGCGAGUGUACGAGGCACCGAAGGCCCAGAAUUACUACCAUCUCGAGUAUUACCUUGUGCCGGAUAAUGAUGAUGUUAUGAAAACUGAUGUUGUCACGUACGGUAUGGGAGCGAAAAUUUACAUGGAAAAACAAGAUGCUAUUGUGAAGAAAGUAUGGCAUGAUGGAGAUGUCACAUGGAUAGCAUGGACUCAAAAGCACAAGCUAUUUGUUACCAAGGACGUAUUAUUAAAGUUGUAUAACCACACCCUGGAGCUAAGAGUUGGGGAUACCAAGGAAAGUAGCAUGAGUCGCUAA